AUGCUUUUAAGGAAUGAAAAUGAUAAUGAUGAUUUUAAUAUGGGGUCAAAUUGCUAUUUUUUUCAAAAAAAAGCAAAAGCAAUGAUUAGUAUAAAAGAUGAACCUAAUUUAAGUCUUUCACAAAUCAUUGAAAAAAUAGAUGGCAAUCAUCAUUUAUUUAUCACUCAGGUUGAUGAAUUCGAUCUGACCUAUUUAAGGUUUGAAAAAGGAUUCAGGAUUAAUAAAGAUAGUUCUAUAACAAGUGCAUCUGUUCAAGCAUUCAACAUCAAUUUUGAGAAAAUUAGGAUAGAGAAAAGAAGGCUUCUUCGUGAAGGUAUACAUGAAUGCAAACAUGAAAUAACCGCUGAAUGUAAGCGGUCCCUUAUAUUUGAUGCAAAGUUUUUAGCUGCUUAUUCAGAAUGGCUUUCUGCUCCUAUUGGAUUAUCGCAUGAAAAUUCAGGCCAGACACUUAAACAACACAUGAAAUACACCAAACAUUUAUAUGAACGGGUAAUAAGAGGAGUAAUAAAUUUAGAUAAAAAUAUUAUUGCAACAAAAAAUUUUUUUGAAGAUGUUGAAAAUGUUAUGAAUAAUACAUCCCACGAUAACGAAAAUGAUAAACUUUGCGAAAUCUCAGAAAAAUAUGGCCACUUUUAUGCACGAAGUCUUAUUUUAGGAGGAGCCAUAAUAAAGGAUGAAGAGAAUACUAAAAUUUCAGUCGAAAAUUCCAAGGCCAAAACUGCUAAUGUACAAGUCGGAGCCGGAAUUACAAACGUUUUUAAGUCGGAAGUAAAUUAUAAUAAAAUCCAAUCUCUUAAUGAUGCAACCAAAUGGAAAAUAAUUGGGUACGAAGAAGUUUAUUCAUUAUUUGAAUUAUUAGAUGAAGAAUUGAAAGAAAGAGUGUUGAGCAUGAUGGGCCAUCAAAUUUUAGAAGCCAUAGUCGAUGAAAUCCUUUUCGAAAUAAAAAAAUAUGAAAAUACGAAGAAACCAUAUAUCCAUAGAAUGUUGAUAACUAGUCAUACCCAAAAUCUUAGCGAGUACAAUAUUCUUGCAUCAAUUGUGAGCGAGAAAAACAAUGUAUUUUCUCUACACGUGGACUAUAUGGGAGGAAAUAAAAACCGUCCGGUGAUUGUUGUUCAUCAUAUACAAGGUGAAAAGACUAUGAUGUCUUUUAAAGUUAAAGAAGUUAAAAUUAAACUCGGAUGGAUUAUAAUUGGACCGCCAACAGGCUUUGAUUUUAGUAUCCAAUAUCCACUAAUAUUCAAAAGUGGGAAAUAUCGACCUCUUGAAACAGAAGAUAAUCAUAUGAUAAACAACCAUUGCAUGUUUAGUACUUGCGUACUAGAACCGGAUACUUACAAUCUAAUAAAUUAUGACCCAAAAGAUUCAACAUUUGCUAUUGGCAAUUAUCUUACACGUUAUCAAGGAUAUGUGCGUCAAGAGUUUAUUGUUGAUACAACAAAUUCUCGUCUUAUUAACGACUUUUUUGGGGAAAUGAAAUUUAAUUGGAUCAAGGGAAAAAAUAAAGAUAUAUUAUAUAGUAGAGAAGAAAUUAAAAUUUCUAAAAAUAACUUGGUCUUGGUGAAUCAAAUAUUCGACCACAAUGAUUAUAAGGAUCGUCAGCCUGGAUUUGUUAAUAUCAUUUCGGAUAAAAUUUGUUAUGGGUCAUUAAAUUCAACACAACUGAAUAUAAAUGAAAGUGAUGGGUCAAUAGUUUAUCUUUCGAUUCCUUUUGUAUAA